CACAGAUUUCUUCGCGAAGAUGAGGAUGAUGAGAAGGAUUCAUCAUGGGAGGACAAGCUGGCAUCGAAAUACUACUCAAGUCUAUAUCGAGAGUUUGCUGUAUGCGAUCUGAAGCAUUACAAGUCUGGAAAUUUUGCCUUGCGAUGGAGAACUGAAGAAGAGGUGCUAUCUGGUGCAGGGGAGACAACAUGUGGCAACACACGAUGUGUGCACCAUAGCCCUGGUAGCGGCCACAAGCCUUCCCUGACGACAUUAGAGCUCCCAUUCACGUACUCGGAGCACGGAGAGACAAAAUCUGCAUUGGUAAAGGCCGUUCUGUGUAAGAAGUGUUUGGACAAGAUGAUGUGGAAACGGAGGAAGGAGAGAACAGAGAAAAUAGAGAAUUCAGAGGACAAGUCGCAACGGCGAAGCGACGACGUAGCAGAAGACAGACAACCUAGGCGAAAGCGCCACCGCGACUGUGAUGUAAACGAAGGCAGCCAGCGACAGCGCCGACGUAGUUCGCGCUCCUUAUCCCCUACGAGGCGCAAUUCGACAUGA